GUUUUCAAAAUCUGUGUCUAAUCAUCUUCCAAAAUUGUUUUGUUUUUUCAAUUCGAGUUUUUGCUCUAGAAAAAGUUAUCGAAAUGGAUCGGCUUUCUUCAACAACUAUUGUACCGGACACAUUCCAAGGGACGAGAGAUGAUUUGUUGAUGCAAAUGGGAUUGAUUUGGAGCCAAAUCAAGGCGCCAUUGAUAGUGCCGUUGUUGAGGCUUGCGGUCAUCGUCUGUUUGAUAAUGUCUUUGAUGCUUUUCAUCGAGAGGGUUUACAUGGGGAUAGUCAUUGUGCUGGUCAAACUCUUUGGUCGAAAACCAGAGAGAAGGUACAAAUGGGAACCCAUUAAAGACGAUGUUGAGUUGGGGAACUCAGCUUACCCCAUGGUUCUGGUUCAAAUCCCUAUGUACAAUGAAAGAGAGGUUUAUCAACUGUCAAUCGGAGCUGCAUGUGGCCUCUCUUGGCCGUCUGAUCGGAUCAUCAUUCAAGUCCUUGAUGAUUCAACUGACCCAACAAUCAAGGAUUUGGUGGAGUUGGAGUGCCAAAGAUGGGGGAGCAAAGGCAUAAACAUAAAGUACGAGGUCAGGGACAACAGGAAUGGGUACAAAGCGGGGGCUCUCAAAGAAGGGAUGAAACACAGUUACGUCAAACAGUGUGACUACGUUGUGAUUCUCGAUGCCGAUUUUCAGCCCGAACCCCAUUUCCUAUGGCGGACCAUUCCUUUCCUCCUCCACAACCCCGUAUUAGCUCUGGUUCAGGCCCGUUGGAAAUUCGUGAAUGCUGAUGAGUGCUUGAUGACAAGAAUGCAAGAAAUGUCAUUGGAUUACCAUUUCACUGUGGAGCAAGAAGUGGGGUCUUCCACUUAUGCAUUCUUUGGCUUUAAUGGAACUGCUGGAGUGUGGAGAAUUGCUGCUUUGAAUGAAGCCGGAGGGUGGAAAGAUCGAACUACGGUCGAGGAUAUGGAUUUGGCCGUCCGAGCUAGUCUCAAAGGCUGGAAAUUCCUCUACCUCGGAAGCCUAAAGGUAAAAAAUGAAUUGCCGAGUACCUUGAAAGCUUACCGAUAUCAACAGCACCGAUGGUCUUGCGGUCCAGCUAACCUAUUCAGGAAAAUGGUCCUAGAGAUCAUCAAAAACAAGAAAGUUUCGACAUGGAAGAAAGUACAUGUAAUUUACAGCUUCUUUGUGGUUAGAAAACUCGUUGCCCACAUUGUUACAUUCUGUUUUUACUGCGUUGUUCUACCCGCAACUGUACUUGUCCCUGAAGUUGAAGUUCCAAAGUGGGGAGCUGUUUAUAUUCCUUCUAUAAUUACCCUUCUCAAUGCUGUUGGAACUCCAAGGUCUCUUCACUUACUGGUUUUCUGGAUCCUCUUCGAAAAUGUCAUGUCAUUGCAUCGAACAAAGGCUACCUUCAUUGGUCUGUUGGAGGCUGGUAGAGUAAAUGAAUGGAUUGUUACUGAGAAACUCGGAGAUGCUCUCAAGGCUAAGGCAGCCGUAAAAGCACCCCAAAAACCUCGUUUCAGGUUCGGAGAAAGACUCCAUGUCUUAGAGCUUCUCGUCGGAGCUUACCUAUUCUUCUGCGGCUGCUAUGAUGUCUUGUUUGGUAAAAACCAUUACUUCAUAUACCUUUAUGCACAAGCAAUCGCCUUCUUCAUCAUGGGAUUCGGAUAUGUUGGCACCAUCAUCCCCAACUCAUACUACAACUUCCUAAGGUAGUACGAUAGUAGCUGUUGUCGGUGUAAUUCUUUUGGCUACUAACGCCAUCAGCAGGCCGUACUCUACUUCAGCUACUGAAUAUGUGGUGAUUAGCAACAUUUUCUUGCAAUUAAAGAAUAAAGGGAUAUUCUUUGAGUGUUAGAAAUGGAGUUGAUAACUCAAAAAUAGUUGUCCUUGUGAAUAUGGAAGAAAUUAAGGAAAAAUACAGAACAGAUGUUGUAAUGGUAUGCACCAUCAUACAGAGAAUAUAGGUAGCUAAUGAAGGCUGGUUCCGGGUUUAUAUAGGGAAGGUUUUGGAAUGAAUUGUUUGCACAUUUUUUGCACUUCUUUUCC